AUGACGAGCAGCAACCGGGUUGUUCCCUCCUGCCCGGUCUGUUUCUCCUUCCCGGCGCUCCAUCUCUGCCUUCUGAUGGGGUGAUCUCCGUAUAUCUCAUGACACGAGUUACCCAAGAAAUUGGCCCAGAAAUACAAUCUCUCGAAGAUCACAACGGCCUACAGAGGGCCUGCAGAAGGAUCAUCAGCAGCUUUGAGGGUCUUUAGCGUCUAGAUGUCCGAUAUCAGUGAGCUAGAUCAGUCAUCAUCUCGUCGGUCGUGAGAUUGUCUAUCCUUGGAGAAAGUAGUGUAUGGGACGAAGAACUCAGCUACUGGUAUGAUUCAUAAAUGUAUGCAAUCACCACUUGGCUAUGGCAGUCCGGAGAAGAAUCAAUCCACCCGAUCACAAUAUCCAGAAAAAGUGGAUUUCGAUGUUCUUAGCGGGAUAUGACUCGUGAUUAAUCCAUCCAAACGAUAUCAUGGAACGAUUAUUUCAUCGUUCCCCAGAUCAAGAACAUCCCUACAUCUUCCUAUCUUGCGUAAUAUUUCGUAAUUCGGUCAAAUGCAUGGCUGACCAGGAUCCUUUAUUUAUUGAGUUAUUUGCGAUUCUUCAGGAUAAUUCGCUGCAAGUCUCAUUGAUGGUUUCCUAUUACAGACAAACUUGAUGGUUACCAUUCAACUAAGUCUCUCUGUCGAGUCUGACAUUCAACUCAUUCUUUUCAGGAGAGGUCAAGUGUUGCUACUGAGAUCCCGAAAGUUACUCUUCAAAUUGCAGAAGGUAAGGUCCUUCCCUUGUCAGAUGUCUGUGAAGAUAUCAGCUCUCGUUACAAGUACUCUGUUCCUGAGGAAGUCGAGGCAGCAGGCUUCCAGAUUUGUGCAAGUGAACUGGGAUCUAUUGUCGAGGAGAAGGAUGCGAAGAAACUAAAGGACCAUGGCGGCGUAGAAGGGAUUGCCGCAAAAUUAUCUUCCUCAACUACCAGAGGGAUUGCUGAUACAGAAGAUCAGCUGAGAUCCAGGCAAGAUAUUUAUGGAGUCAAUAAAUUCACCGAGGCUGAGAUGAAGAGCUUCUGGGUGUUUCUGUGGGAGGCACUCCAAGACACAACGUUGACCAUUCUCGGGGUGUGCGCGUUUGUGUCGCUUGUUGUUGGCAUCGGCGUGGAAGGAUGGCCCAAAGGUGCCCAUGAUGGUCUUGGGAUUGUGGCAAGCAUACUCUUGGUCGUUAUUGUCACUGGCACCAGUAAUUAUCGGCAAUCCUUGCAGUUCAGAGACUUGGACGAGGAGAAGAAGAAGAUCUCCAUUCAAGCCACGAGGAAUGGGUCCAGACAGAAGAUGUCCAUCUAUGACCUCCUUCCCGGAGACAUUGUGCACCUGGCGAUCGGCGAUCAAGUCCCUGCAGACGGUCUGUUUGUUUCUGGAUUCUCUCUUCUGAUAAAUGCAUCAAGUUUAACCGGAGAGAGCGAGCCAGUCGCGGUCAACGUGGAUAAUCCCUUUCUUUCGUCGGGAACGAAGGUGCAAGAUGGCUUUGGCAAAAUGCUGGUGACGACAGUCGGCAUGAAAACUCAGUGGGGUAAACUCGUGGCCGCUCUCGGUGAAGUUGGAGACGACGAGACCCCAUUGCAAGUCAAACUGAACGGAGUUGCCGGUGUAAUUGGGAAGAUUGGCCUAUUUUUCGCCGUUUUGACGUUUUCAGUGCUUGCCCAGGCUCUCAUCAGCCAGAAGAUUCAAGAUGGUUCAGUGAUGGGCUGGACGGGUGAUGAUGCUUUGGAGAUCCUGAACUACUUUGCUAUUGCGGUGACCAUCGUGGUGGUUGCAGUGCCCGAGGGGCUGCCCCUGGCUGUAACCCUGAGUCUCGCUUUCGCCAUGAAGAAGAUGAUGAACGACAGAGCGCUCGUCCGCCACCUCGCUGCUUGCGAAACAAUGGGUUCGGCUACCUGCAUCUGCAGCGACAAGACAGGAACACUGACGACCAAUCGAAUGACGGUCGUUAAAGCGUGCAUCUGCGGGAGCAUCAAAGAGGUGGGUGAUUCAGGGGAGGCCUUGAAAGCGCGCUCCAAGAUUCCAGAUCCCGCCGUCAAAGCUCUUCUGCAAUCUAUCUUCAGUAAUACAGCCGGGGAGGUCGUGUUCGACGAGGAGGGGAGAUUUGAGAUCUUAGGAACACCAACUGAGACCUCUUUGUUGGCGUUCGGUCUAUCUCUCGGGGGAGAUUUCUCAUCCGAGCGCCGAGAAGCUAAACUCAUCAAGGUCGAGCCAUUCAAUUCACUGAAGAAGAGGAUGGGAGUCGUCAUAGAACUUCGUGGGGGGGGGUUUCGUGCCCACUGCAAAGGUGCUUCCGAAAUGGUGUUAGCUUCCUGCGAAAAGGUCAUCGACCCGGCUGGUAACCCUGUUCCCCUCGAUGAAGCGACUAGACAGCACCUUGCGCAGACGAUUGAAAGUUUUUGCAGUGAAGCUCUUCGAUCCCUCUGCCUGGCUUACAGGGAUAUGGAUGGCAGCUUCUGCGUCGAAGAUCAGAUUCCUCAAGAGGGAUUUACAUGUAUUGGUAUCGUGGGUAUAAAAGAUCCGGUCCGCCCUGGCGUGAAGGAAUCCGUCGCAGUCUGUAGAUCAGCAGGGAUUACCGUCCGGAUGAUCACAGGUGACAAUAUAAACACCGCUAGGGCGAUUGCCCGGGAGUGUGGCAUCCUGACUGAGGGCGGUGUAACCAUCGAAGGCCCAGAGUUUCGUCGAAAAAGUGCGGAAGAGUUGACGGAACUAGUCCCUAAGCUUCAGGUGAUGCUUCUCAUGAAUUUCCCCUUCCCUCGUUGAAUUUUUAUGGUGUGUCUGACUGAUAUCUACCGUCUUCUUUCCUGGUCUUGCUCUGCUUGUUUUAGGUGAUGGCGAGAUCGUCACCUUUGGACAAACUCACCCUGGUCAGGCACCUGAGAACAGUAGGCAAUGAAGUCGUCGCUGUUACUGGUGAUGGCACGAACGAUGCUCCAGCCCUUCGUGAGGCCGAUAUUGGAUUGGCGAUGGGAAUUUCUGGAACCGAGGUGAUCCUUUUCGCCAAUCAUGUCAUUCAUAGCCUAAGUUUUUUUCUUUCUCGUGUUUUCCUGGCUCCUACCUCGUCACAUCCCAGUCAACCCAAGAAAAGAUUCUUUCUUAUCUUCAUUGAUCCGUCAUAGAUGAUAUAAAAUUUUGUCCGUGAUCUUAUAAUUUUUGAGUCAUAUUGUUUAGUCUACCCUGCGGUGGUGCAUCACGAGAAUAUCAUAUUGUUUUCGAGCGAUAUCACCCUAAAUAUCGCUAAUCCCUUAAUAUCCUGCUAUUUUACGAAGACUUUCCUCAGUUAAUCUGGUGGUGCUGGCGCUGACUUCAACCAGGUGGCAAAAGAAAGCUCCGACGUCAUCAUUCUGGAUGAUAACUUCUCGACCAUUGUGACCGUCGCAAAAUGGGGGCGUUCUGUGUAUGUCAACAUCCAGAAGUUUGUGCAGUUUCAGCUCACUGUUAACGUGGUUGCUCUUGUAGUCAACUUUUCUUCAGCGUGCCUCACUGGUACGAGAGCCUGCAGUUGACGAUUCCUGUUCUGAAGAUUGUGGGUUGACCUUGGUCCAGAGACUUACCGCGUGUGCGAUCUUUGCUAUCUAGGGCAUGCCCCCCUCACAGCUGUUCAGCUUCUCUGGGUCAACAUGAUUAUGGAUACGUUGGGGGCCCUCGCGCUGGCAACCGAGCCUCCUCAGGAUGAGCUGAUGAAAAGAACGCCGCUCGGAAGGGAGGGGAACUUCAUCAGCAGCGCGAUGUGGAGGAACAUCGUGGGGCAGUCGCUGUAUCAGUUCAUCGUGAUAUGCUAUCUCCAGACGGAGGGGAAAGAUCUGUUUCAGCUCUCUGGGCCGGACGCAGAUCUAACGUUGAACACUCUGAUUUUCAAUGCCUUCAUCUUCUGCCAGGUAUCUCUCUGCCACUCACCGCGGUUAGUCCCCUUCGACUUGAUUUCCCGACUGAUUCAUGGGUCUCUCUCACAGAUUUUCAACGAAAUCAGUUCCAGGGAAAUGGAGAAGAUCGAUGUGCUCACGGGCUUGCUAAAUAACUACGUGUUCGUGGGCGUCGUAUCCUGCACCGUCGCCUUCCAGAUCAUAAUCGUGGAGUUUCUCGGAGAUUUCGCGGGCACCACCCCGCUCGAUCUGUCGCAGUGGCUUGUGUGCGUAUUGAUCGGGUUCCUGGGCAUGCCCAUUGCAGCCGCCGUCAAGCUGAUACCGGUGGGUUCCAAGGAAACGCAGCCGCCUCGGCAGGGAUGA